UCAACGUGCUCCCGAAAGAAAUUCCAUUUAAACAAAGUUGUCACAGAAAAUGAACGUGAAUUUUGCGAUAGAAAGCACGACAAAAGGCACGUGCACCGCUUGCCUCAAAGGAAUCGAAAAAUCAUGCGAUGAAACAGGAAUUUGGGCAAAAAUUUACCGAGACCUACUUACAACAGAGGUGAAUCGCCUGCCGAUCGAUGUCGAGUACCAUUUUUGCGACGUUUGCCAACAAGAGCUGCAAAAAAUUGAUGAUUUUAGGAAAACGUGCAUGACCUCGAUCACUUUUUUGGAAAAUUUGGACUUUUCGUUGCCCGAUAUCGAUUUCAGUGCCUUCAACGAAGCCAAAUUAGUGGAUGAGAUACUUGAGGAAAAGAUUUUGAUCGAAGAUGGGUUACUUGAAGAAGUCAUUUUUGAGCCGAAUCUUGACUUUUUGCCUGAAGAAAGGAAACGUUCGCCUGAUAAUAGGACCUUUUGCAGCAUUUGCUUGAUAAAUGUGCCCAAAAUUACGAAACAUGCGGUGAAAGUUCACUCCGUACUGAACGAAGAUAAUAAUUUGGAAUGUACAGCUUGUUCGAAAAUGUUCGCUUGUCGCGAAAAAUUCGUCGAACACUUUGGAAAUUUUCAUCGGGAAUGGUCUGAACCGAAAGCUUGUCACAUUUGCGGGAGUCUUUUCACGAAAAAACCCGAUUACGAUCGUCAUCUUGCCUUGCACAAUAAAUCCAAGCGUCAGGAAAAUCGUUACAAAUGCACGGAAUGCGAUAAAUUCUUCUCCAAUACGACUCUCGUGAAGUAUCACAAGAUCAAGGAUCACGAAGGAGGCAUCCAGUGUCGUUAUUGCCCCAUUGCCUUUCGUCAAGAAGACUUUGACAAGUACACAGAGCAUCUCAGGAAGGAAGAAGAUCGCAAACACACACGACCCUCGAAGCAAAAACACGUUUGCGCCUUUUGUGGCGACGAAAAAAGUGACAGUAGCUCCUUGUACGAACACAUUCGAAGGUAUCACAAUGACGAUACCUUCACGUGUGACAUUUGCAGCAAGUCCUUUCGCAGUAAAUUCGCGUUUAAGCAUCAUUAUGAGGCAGUUCAUGGCGAACGGAGACACGAAUGUAGCGAAUGCGGAAGGAGAUUUAAGCUCAAAAGUGGUUUAAAAAGUCAUUUAUUGUCGCAUGCGCCCUCGGAGGAAUGUAAAAUUUGCCAAAAGAAACUCUCGCCGCGUUACAUGUCGCAUCACUUGAAGUUACAUUCCGAGAAACAAUCUGUCUUCGCAGUCACUUGUGCAACCAAAUGGAACGGAAAUUCUGUAUAGUUGUCAAAUGUGUGCCUCUUGUUAUUCAUCUUUGGACUCGCUGCAUCAACAUUACCAACAAGAACAUGGAUUUGUGGUACAAAAUGCCGUUAUUUCAACGACGACGACGACGAAUAACAACUCAAGUAUUACAAUUGUGAAUUAAUAUUUUUAACGAUUUAUUUAUGUUUAGUUGUAAGACAAGUUCAGGUAACAAACGAACUAUUUUAAUCAGUAUUUUAACUAUUUUAAUGGGUAACGGGAUCGAAUUUAUGAAAAUAAAAGUA